AUGCGCUUUUCCUCGGUCUUGACGCUGGCGUGUUCCAUUGCUGCCUUGGUCCUCACUCUGCUGUGCCUUUUUGCUGGAUCGAGCAAAUCAUUCCUUCAGGAUGCCGAUCUGUUGACGCUCAAUAUCUCCCGAAUCGGACAUGGGAGCCUUUUCAACACCACAGAUGGAGAUGGAAGUGCUCUGGAUAAUAUCCUCAACAGCCUCGAGAGCGACCUCAAUAACCUUCUCAAUGAUUUCAGCUCCGACGUCGCCACGGCCUUGGACCUGCCCGAUUUCUUCAACGUUCAUCUAAUGGAUUUCUGCGAGGGAACAUACAAGCCGAAUGCGACCGUACGCAAUGCGAAAGAAAAUAUUACAGAAUGCUCCAACCGAACUGUCGGGUUUCACUUUGAACCUACCAAGAUUGUGCAAGAACAUCUGCCGGAUGGCAUUACGCUGGAUGACAUCCACUGGCCCGAUGAGAUUACGGAUUCGGAAAAGGCCGUCAGAGUGGCCAGUGUCGCCAUGACGGCAUUGUAUAUUAUUGGUAUCGCGUUCGCUGGCAUAGCUGUCCUGGGAGCUCUUGCGGGUAUCUUUGUGGAUGGACGGUUGUCCGCAAUGGUCAAUUUUCUCAUUGAUGUGCUUGCAUUCCUCAGCAUCGGUAUAGCGUCGGCGAUUGCUACCGCGGUCAUCGUCAAGGCCGUGCAUGCGGUUAAUAAACACGGACAUGACAUUGGCAUUGCUGCUGACAAGGGAGGCAAGUUCUUGGGAAUGACCUGGGCAGCCACUGCGGUCAUGCUUCUGGCGUCAGUCGUGUCCAUUGCCCAGUGCUGUGCGCCGAGAUCAAGAAGCCGACGAUACGGCGAGAAGGGAUCAUAUUAG